AUGAAGACCUUUUUCGCCAUCGCUACCGGUCUCUUGGCUGCCGCCUCCACCACCCUUGCCUCGCUCAAUGAUGCCUCUCUCAACGACGCCGGUGAGGGUUUCAUUGGCAGCGACCAUAUCAAGGAAGUCGCAGACAACGAGUACAUCAUCACCUUCAUGCGCAAUGAGACCAUCCCAAGAGGACUCGACGAAUACCUCGAGGAGAUGGAUCUCGCCAAUGACAAUGUCAUCUUUGAAUCGCAAAACAACUACACCAAGGUCUGGAUUCUCAGGAUGUGCGAAAGCCAAGCAAAGGCUUUGAACGAAAAGGUCGAGAUCUCGUCUGUCGAAGAGAAGACGAUGAUCCAGUCGUUUGCCGAGACCAAGAGUGGCGCUCCUUGGGGUCUGCAGGUCAUCUCCAACGAGGCUGGCGCUUCUGGAUCCCCGCAAGGCCAGGACUUCACCUAUACCUUUGACGAUUCGUCGCUUGGCGCCGGUGUGGACAUUUAUGUCAUUGACACUGGAGUACGAACCUCGCACGCGGUCUUCACAGGACGUGCAACUCAAGGCUUCACUGCUACUGGCUCCUUUGUGGAUGGUGACGGCCAUGGCACUCAUGUUGCUGGUACGGCUGGAGGCGCCAAGUUUGGUGUGGCACAGGGCGCCAACAUCAUCGAGGUCAAAGUGCUCAGUGACAAUGGCUCUGGUUCUUCGUCCGACACCAUUGCCGGCAUGGACUGGGUCAUCACCAACCAUGAGAAGCGCAAGAAGGAGCCCGGCUUUGUCGGAUCCAUCAUGAGCAUGUCGUGGGGUCUUCAGGGCACAGCCAACGCAGUCGACGAGGUCAUUGCUGGUGCGCUGGACGCUGGUAUUCACGUCUCGGUCGCUGCAGGAAACGAUGGCGCGGACGCCUGUGGCUCCACGCCAGCCCAUCUCGGUGGCGCAAACUCCAACGUCGUCACAGUUGGCUCCGUCAACAUUGACAGCGAAGUCUCCACCUUUUCCAACAUUGGCAGGUGUGUGGACAUCUACGCGCCUGGCGAGCAGAUUCUCAGCGCAUGGAGCACCGGCGACACCAUUAUCAACUUCCUCUCCGGCACCUCGAUGGCCUGCCCCCACACCACCGGUGUCAUGGCCUACCUCAUGGCCGAGGACGUCGCGGGACUUGGCCAGAACCCCGCGGCGCUCAAGCAAAAGCUGCUGGCCACGGCUCGCGAGGGCAAGAUCUCAGGCCGCACGGGCGGCAGCGCCAACCUGCUGCUCAGCAACGGUGUCGACGGUGGUGUCGCUAAGCGCCUGGUCAAGAACUACGUGGUGCCCGACCGCAAUGGCAGCCCGGCGGCUCGCGCCAUCGCCGCGGUGAAUGAAGGCAUCGUCAUGGACAAGCGCUUCCAGCUGCACUCACGCGACGCACAAUUGCGAUUUUAA